AUGUUCGGAGGAUUCGCCCCCCCUCAGCAGUCCCAAGAGGAGAUCCGCGCCCUCGAGGCCGAUGCUGCCUUCACAGUCCAGGGUGCUAUCACCACCGCUGUUCUCCUGUACCUCUCUCCCUUCGCUAUCGACCUUGUCGGCAAGAUCUUCUAG